AUGGAGAUUGAGAUAAUAUCAAGAGAGUGCAUCAAACCCUCUUCUCCAACACCUCAACACCUUAGAACCCACAAGAUCUCUCUUAUUGAUCAAUUUAGCGCUCCAUUGUUAGGUUCCGUUCUCCUUUUAUAUCCACCAAUUAGCCAAGCUACCUCAAUCUCCAUCUCCAAGAGAUCACAACUGCUCAAACAAUCUCUAUCAAAGACACUAACUCUUUAUUAUCCGCUUGCCGGAAGGUUCAUUGACAAUCUUUCCAUUGAUUGUAACGAUGAGGGACUUUGUUAUACGGUGGUUAGAGUUAAUUGCGAUUUACAAGAUUUUUUCAACCAAACUGAUAUUUGCAAAAUACUGCCAAAAGUCCCUAAAUUACUGCCAAGGGGAAUCACUUUUGGUGAUCAAAUAACAACAGGUGGUAAUGUUGUUAUGAUUCAUGAAAAUGUGUUUGCUUGUGGUGGUUUUGCUAUAAGCUUACUUUUUUCUCACAACGUAUUUGAUGCAUCUUGUUUAAUGGCAUUCCUCAAGACUUGGACUGCAAUGGCUCAAGGAGGAGUAGCGAUACCUCCCGAUUUCAGCUGCUCAUAUUUGUUUCCUCAAAACACUGCAUUUCCACAAAAUCCGAUGGCCUCGACUUUUUCAAGUGCAUUUGGUAGAGAAGGUAACUUUGUUUUCAGGAGGUUCUUUUUUGAAGGAUCAAUUGUAAGAAACCUUAAAUCCAAAGCAACAAGCUCUGGAGUGCAUAACCCAACACGAGUAGAGGUUGUGCUUGCACUCCUCUUUCGAUGUGUCAUGUCUGCAUUAAAGGCGAAACAUGGUGCCCAGAAGUCAGUUUUAAUGUCUACUUCAGUGAACUUACGAUCUAGGGCUGUGCCACCACUUCCAGCAACAAGUGUGGGAAGUUUAGUUUUGACGAUACCCAUUGUAAUUGGUGAGGAAACAAGUUUGUGUAGUUUCAUAGACAGAUUGAGGGAAAGCGUAUCCACAAUCGAUGGUGAAUUUUUGAAGAGUCUGCAAGGUGCUCAAGGAUUGCAGCGAUUUUUGGAGUUUGUAAAAGAGACUCAUGAAGCAUGUUCUAAGGCGUUGUUCAAUGGAGCAGAAUUCUUAGUGUUUAAUAGCUGGUGUAACUCAGGCAUGUAUAACCUUGAUUUUGGUUGGGGGAAACCGAUAUGGUUUCCAUGUUUUGGUCUACCUAUUAGUGGAUCAGUGAUUCAGCUCAUGGAUGAUAGAAUGGGUAAUGGAAUAGAAGCAUGUGUGACACUGGAAGAAGAAAUCAUGUCUAUGGUGGAGCAUGAUGAGGAACUCCUUUCAUUGGCCUCCGUUGAUCAAAAUAUUCCUCUACAAAUUGAUUCAUUGAAAUCAAGACUUUGA